UAAGACAAACUCGUAUUUCAAUGGAUGGGACCACACUCAAGACACUCGUUAAAAAUACUUACCAUAUGGGUUGGUACGCUGUCCAAAAACCCCAUUCUGUCGAGUUUACUUGUAGUUUCUUGAUUAUCACUGAUCUUGACAAUAACCACUUGUCCAAAAGGUCUAAUAUUCAGCUGUAAUAAAUUUCAAUUCGCCCGGAAUAUGAAUAAUACGUGUCGUAAAUGUAGACGGCCACAGCAAACAAAACCAAUUAAGGAGAAUAGCGCCAGCUCCGUCUUGUCUGCGGCUCUCAUAAAAUAAAAACACUGUCAGCUCAGUUGUGAAAUUUCUCGCGCGAAAGGGAUAUUUUGUAGCCUUUGAAGUCUGAACUAAGUUAAUGAUCAAGAAAAUCAACCAUCGAAAUGCCUGGUAAAGUCAAUGUAGACAAGGAAAUUUGGCGAUGGACUGAAACAACCUCUCCAGAAGAAGUGACGGAGGAACAUGUUCGGAUUGCUUAUCGAGUCAAUCUCCCAAUUUGUUCGGCGUCUUGCAGGCGAAACUGCAAAGGCAAUCCAAAUUGCCUUGUGAAUCUUGGUGAGAAGGAAUGGCUGAAGGGGAUCAGCGAUGAACACUGGUAUCAGAUGGAUGACCCGGAAGAAGAAACGAGGAGAAAGGAGGAUUUGGUUGGGUUGAAAAAUCUUGGUGCAACGUGUUAUGUGAACACAUUCUUGCAGGUAUGGUUCAAUAACCAGCAGUUUCGAGAAGCAAUCUACAGGUGGAGGCCAUUGGAUAAGGAAUGGGGAAAAGAACAACCGCUUGAAGAUGGUAUUUUAGCGGCUCUUCCUGACGAAUCCUUACAGCCCUCUUCUAUAUGUGGUCACCUACAGCUCCUAUUUGCGUUGCUACAGUUUAGCAAAAGAAGAUACAUUGAUCCUUCUAAUUUCAUCAACUGCCUUGGACUGGAUGCAGCAUUACAGCAAGAUGCUCAAGAAUUCAGCAAGCUGUUGAUCUCCUUGUUGGAGGGAACGUUGAAAGAACAACCUGAUGCCUUGGUUCGGAAUGUCAUCGAACAGCAGUUCAGCGGACAGUAUUCAUACGUGACCAGGUGCAAUCAUUGCGGCAACUGUUCCGAGAGGCCUUCAAGGUUCUACGAGCUCGACCUCAACAUCAAAGGUCACAAGCAGCUGGAAGACAGUCUGAGUGAGUUUCUCAAGGAAGAGAAGCUAGAAGGCUCUAAUCAGUAUCUCUGUGAGAAAUGUAACUGUAAGAGAAAUGCCACCAGAUGCAUCAAGCUGCAGACGCUUCCACCCGUCCUCAAUAUCCAGCUACUGAGAUUCGUAUUCGAUAGACACAGUGGAACAAAGAAAAAGCUGAACAACUUCUUGCAGUUUCCCGAGGAGAUAGAUAUGUCCAAACACCUUGCCAGAAGAGACAAAGAUGCUGUAUAUGACUUGGAGGCUGUCCUCAUACACAGGGGGCCCACCGCUUACUCAGGUCAUUACAUCGCCCACAUCCGUAGCCAUGGCGACGGUGGGGCGUGGUAUAAGUUCAACGACGAGGAGAUCGAGAAGAUGGAAGGGAGAAAUCUGAAGCUAGGGUGCGAGGAUGAAAUCUCCGCAGGGAAAGAAGGGAAGAGACCCAAGGUCCCAAAAGGAAACCAUGCAUCCAAGAAUGCUUACAUGUUGGUAUACAUACGGAGAACCCCAGACAAGGCAAAACCCGUUCCAGAAAGUCAUGUUGAGAAUUCAGCGACGACCAGGGUGGAAAGUCUGCCAGAUUAUUUACAGGAGCUCAUCAACCGCGACAACGAGAAGUUUGGGGAUUGGUUGAGGGAGAUGGUUGCGAUGAGGACCAAGAAUGUGGAGUCUGGAAGAUCAAGGCAGCAGGAAAUACAAACCAUCUACAAACAGAUCCAGCCUGCAGAGGAUGGAAAAUGCGACUGGAUAGCGACAGAAUGGCUGAAGAAAUGGUUGCAUGAAGAUACCACUGUCUCCAAGAUUGAUCCAAUUAAUCUCUACAAGUACGAAUGCAAACAUCGGAAUCUUGACCCUCACAAGGUCAAAGAACUCAAAAGGAUCAGUUCAAAAGCUGCUGACUUGUUGUUUGCCAAGUACGGCGGUGACGGCCUCCUUCUGAGGAUGAGCCAAGCUAAGAUGUGCGUAGCUUGCGUCAAACAGAAGUGUCAGGUCAUGAGGAUCCAAGCCCAGCUGGUCGCUGAUCAGAAGUUUGUCACUGAGAACACCAAAGCAAAAUGCCACAGUGAGGAUGGUUUCUGGGUAGGCAAGGAUUCUCUCCGGCAGUGGAAGAGGAUGGCCGUCGAGAAUGUUGAAUCUCAGUUCGAUGGAGGAGGAGGCGGGGUGACAGAAGAAGAGGACAUGGAGAUAGAGGAUGAUGACCAGACUAUGACCAACGGAGUGUCAUCGGCAGCCGGAGAUGAUGGAGAAAAGAAUGGAACUCGUCCGAAAGAGAACGGGGAGGGGAAAGAAGGGGAGCAGAAAGAUGAUGAGGAAGACGAAGAAGAUGAAGAACCUCUCAUAUUUAAUGAGGAUCUUCUAUGCAAUCAUAGAAACCUUAGUACAGAUAUGAGUCAGAGGAGACUCAUCUUGGCUCCUGUGUGGGAGGUUCUCCGCAAAUACUUCCCAGAAUCCUCAGAAUUCAAAGCCGACAGCCAGCCAUGCCUUCAAUGUCAGCUAGCAGAUGCACAGGAUGCAGAGCAGGCUCAGAAGAGAUGCAAUCUUGCCACAAACCAGAAGAAAUCGUUAUCGCAGCUGUUUCACGGGAGGAGUAGACCUUCGUGGAAAAAGGGGGAGUCAACGGAAGUUUACAUUGCGCCGCUUCCCUUCGUGGAGGCGUGGCGGAAUUUCCUACGGCAUCCGGUCAAAGCUGAUCUCCCGACCGACAUCUCGAACGGUUCUUUCAUCUGUGCACACAACGGUCUGAUCUUGGAUCCAAGUACAAUAUCACCUAUUGACGAAACAUCAGGAGUUGCAUUAGUGUGGCCCUCUGAAUGGGAGUUACUCCAAGCGAACUACAAGGUAGACCAACCCAUCAGGAUAUGGAAGGUCAUUGCCGAUGGGCCGUGCUUCAUUACGGAACCAGAGCUUUGUCAGACAUGCUCUCAAGAGAGACUGCUGGCCGAACACCAAGCAAAGUUCACCUACUCGGGGGUCAAGCUCUACAUCCGGAAGUUCAUGCCAGAGGUCGGGGAGAACCCCAAGGCAGCCAUCAGCUUCCUGAUGGACGCCACGUCUCCAGGUGGAUCCAGCGACCAGGAGAACAAGGAUCCUGACUUUCAUCAGUCCGAACCCAAGCGAAUGAAGUUGGAACUAGACAACAACUCGAGCUCCAGGAGGAGUUCUCGGCAUAGAAGAGUAAGAGGGGAGAAAGAAGUGAUUGUCUCAUCGACAAAUACACUCAAAGAACUCAAGAUCAAGGUCAUGCAUGCCUUCAGCGUGGCACCGUUCGACCAGACGCUGCUCUACCGGGGGAAACCCCUUCAGGACAACGAAGCCACACUGGGUCACCUAGGGGUCACGCCCGAAGCCUUGAUCACCCUGAUAGUAGACAACCCCGUGUGUGAAGAUCCCCUUGCCAUGGAUGAAAUAGUCAGAGCAUCAUCUGUACCAGAAGCUGGCUUCAAAGGGACUGGCCUGCAAAGCAGUUGACCUCGGAAUUGUGACCUUUGACCCCGUCACUGACAAUUCAGGAUGCUGAUUGGGCGAUUUCAGGGAUGUACAGUGCAUGUCAGAGAGCAAGAGAUAUAUACGCUAGAUAUUGUGUGUUUUCAAGAUUGUAUUUGUUCAAAGGAUGAAGAGUAUUUGCUGGUAAACGUAUAUGAAAAGAUAAAUAUUUAUUGUGCCAGAUUUGGUUGUCUGAGUUGAUAGGUUGUACUUGUCGAGUGAAUGAAUGAAUAGUCGAUAUAAGGCACGAAAAGUAUAUAAAUACACAUAUGUUGAAAAGAGUCUAUUAUACUAUAUUGAGACCAUGUGUGGUUUAAGCCUGGCUAUUAAACACAUUUGCAUUCCGCGUGUGCGUUCAGCUGCGUAUUGCCCAAACGCAAUGCUCAACAACCAAUCAACGUAAAGGAUUCCUUGGGUUUAACCAUUGGAUGGCAAAGUUACCAUAAUCCUAACUGUUUCACAGAGUGUGUAUUAUGAGAAGAGGGUAAAUUUCCAUGAGAAGUUUGUGGUGAAAUAUGCCAAAAAUUCAGGUAUAUUAUUACCGAAUUGCCUCAUCUAACAUGAAGAUGGCCAAAAUGUGAGUCAAGUUACAGCAUCUCAUGAUCAUUGUGUGCUCGUGAUAUGAUUUACUACCAGUAAUUAAAUUGAGAGCAAGUUUCCUGUGUCUAAAAUGAAUGCAUUACUUGUACCUGCACAUGCUACCGUUCUUAUGCAAAAAUAACUUGUGUAUUCUUAUUCUCUAACAGUAAAACCAAAAAUCUUUUUUCAGAUUGUGGACAAUUUUUGUAGCAAGUAUCUUUCAUGAAUUUGUAUCAAACAUUGUGACUGAAGAGUUGUCCAGCUUAUGCUUGUAAUGCACUGUAAGAAUCAUGUAUCAUCCAACAAUUUUAUGUGUAAUUCAUACCAAUGUUGUUUUUAUGUCGUUCUUGAUGGUUUGGGUUGAGUAAAAAUCGACGGAAUGUGAGACUGACGCGCUGCCUACUACUGCGCUAACAAGGCCACUGUCUGCCUGUGGAUUUUCUGUUACAAAAAGCAUGCCUUAAGUAAUGUUCAUAGUCCAGGUAGGCGUUUCAUAAAGCUGUACAUGAGUUACAAGUGACUUUACGAACGACUGGUGAACCUUUCUUAGGCACUAAAUCGACAUAAAUGAAAAUGUGGCGUACAUUAUUCAUCACAAGAAAGGGUCACCGGUCGUUCCUAAAGUCGUUUGUAACUUACUAACAGCUUUAUGAAACACCCACCUGGAAUGUAGAAAGGGAUUUGCUUUGUGCAAUAUUGAUCGUUUAGCUUUGUGUAAUACAUGCCCGUAGGGAGCGUUCCAUGAGAGGACUUGCCGGAGGUUUUGUCUAGUUUUAUCCGACAGUUACCACAGUAACAGUGCUUCUCAGCCAAUCAAAGUCGAGGAAAGUUGUCGGAUCAGGGGAGCGUUUCAUCAAUAUUUCCUUCCGACGAGUUAUUAGAUCUGACAACUUUCCUUGAUUUUGAUUGGCUAAGAAGCAGUGUUACUAUGGUAACUGUCGGAUAAAAUGGACUUGGGACUUCAUGAGACGCCCUCCUGACAUUGUCUGACAAAAAAUUAUGAUGAAUCGAUACCUUGGUUUACCGAUAUUGUAUUUUGUUUGCCAUUUUUGUCAAAUAAUUAUAUAUACCACAAGGGGGGAUACUCACAAUUGAGUUCCUGAAUGAAAGUUGGUGUUCUAAUGAGUGUCCUUAAUGUGUUCUAUGCUGACUGCCAAAUUCCGUAGCUCCCAUAGGCCUUGUGCAGGGACCAUCUUGUGCCAAACAGUUCACUUGUGAAAUUGCCUUGAUAAUGAUAAUCGAUAAUUACUUCUUGCAAAGUGCUUUUUCAAAAGUUACAAAGCGCAAUACAAAAUGACAAUAAGCAAGUACAGUAGGCAAAAACUUGAAAGAAAACUACAUGAAAUGAAUUACUUCUUGCAAUAUAUCAGAACAAAUGAGACUCGGUAGUAUAUUUUCACCAAAGGAAGCAUGGAAAUGUGCAAGAGAGUUCCUGCAUGAUGUCACCAUGGAGGAUAUAAUGGGAAAUCUGCGAUUGCGACCAUGAAAAAAAUGAUUAGUCAUGAUUAGAUGCACAGGUUGUUACCGUUUGUCCUCGAACAUGGAUGUUCUAUGUUCUAUAAUCUAGUCUGCCGGCACAGACUUUUGUUUUUCGCAAUUCACAUACCGGUAUAUGAUAUUGCACAAUGCAGAGUCUGAAAGUAAUGAGACUAGGUUCUCUAUGUACUGUGGCUGCCCCCAGACAGAGAGUUUGGCAUCUAGUCUUCACACCAGACAUGGUAUAAUUGGUUAAAGUGUCAAAUAUGAGUCUGUUCUUGCAGACUAAUCUUAAUGAGAAUAUGGGAUCUGUUAUGUAGGUUUAUUGCUCAAGGCUCAUUGCUAAUACCCCCGUCUCACUUAUUCGGAAUCAGCAGGAAUCGAGCAGAACCAGCCGGAAUGAAGAACUUUCAAAAUUCGUGCCACAUUCGGGAGGGAAUUUGAAAUUUUCACUACUUUUGCAAAAAUGUUGUUCGAAUACUUAAAACGUCCUUUGAUCCCGCCUCUAAUGAUUCUUGCACAUUCCGGGUGUAUUGACUGUCGAAUGCAGCUCGAAUACAGUCGGAACACAGGAAGAAUAUUAAGAAUGCUUUUAGAAUGCAGUCAGAGAGCAGUCAGAAUGCACUUCGAAAGUUUUGAACAUGAGCAAAACAUUCGGGCCGGUCACAAGAAUGGACCUGAAUGUCUGGAAUGCACUCAGAAUGCAGUCAGAAUUUUUAGAAUGCGCUUCGAAUAUCCAGGAAUGUACCAAGAAUUUUCAUUCCGACGGCAUUCCGCCUCUAGUGUGACGGGGGUUUAAAGUUAGCUCUGCUAUGACAAUAAUGUACACGUAGCUCGGGUCAAUAAUCACAUUACAAAUACAUGUACAAAGACUAUCAGGACAAUCAUGACCAUGUCUUGCACAAUUCAUUCUAGUGUAAUUAUGAGCAUUGCCCACUUCUGUUGCUAAAUGAAUUCAGAAAAGACUAUCAUACAUUUUUUUUCUAGGAUUUGAUCGAGUAGACAUUUGUGCUUUAUUUGUGUUACACAAUGUCUUUCAUGACUGUACAUUUCACUCUGUCCCAAAGAGAAAAUAUGUUCAACUAAAUUGCUUGUUUUUUUUUAACUUCAGUAUUAUGUGAAUGCUGUUUUAGUAUCUGGUAGAUGAUGUUUGGUGUAAAGUGUAUUUUGAUGUAUGUUCUAAUUCCAUAACAUCCACCUGGGUAAGAAUCGAACCAACAAACGUAGAGGGCAGCAACACCAGCAAAGUGUUGAUGCCCCCUACGUUUGUUAAAUUGAACCUACUUACAAUCUUCAGUCUGCAUCUCUGAUAAUAAACCAACUUAUUCUCAUACAUGUACAGUAUGUAAUUAAUACAUGCACAUGUGUUACUAUUUUGGACGUGGGUUCAGGGGGGGGGGGGGAGCUUGUCAAAAUCUCGGGUUAGAUUUGUCUCAGAGCUGCUAUACUGUACAAGGCAAUCUUCAUUAUUCCAAGGCUUGUGCUUGUUAAUUUGGAAUUCAUUACGGAGAUUCGUACUCAAUGAAAUUUAUUAAAAGUGAUAUUGUAAAAUGGAAUGUUAAAUGCUGUUCUAGGCUCCGAUAAAAGACAUAAUGGGGACAACAUGUAUUUGAAGAAGUGUCAUAUGCAAUGGACAUGUAGGAUUAAAGAUAAGAACUCUGGUACAGGUAACAACAAAAAAAUAAAAUGUUUACAAAAUUGAACAAAACCACACAGAGAAUUAUAAAAUCUAUAAAUAAAUGAUGUCUGCCAAAGGUUUUUUUUGUCAAUUUAUAGUCACAGGAUAAUGAGCAAACUGAUCACAAAAACUGCUGAAAAUGUCCAUCCAUUUAUAGUGUGGUCCCACAUGUUGUUUUCUAUGUUAGCUACAUCCAGGAAAGGCAUGAACUAGUAAUGAAAUAAAUAUAUUUUAAACAAGCCCGAAUUAAUAAUUUGUUAAUUCAGAUAAGCACUUCAGGAUUGCAACAAAUUUUUCCUUUCGAAAUUAGAUUUUAAUAACCGAACUUGAUCCAAGCUUUAAUGGGGCUGGAAAACGAUUUUUACAGUGACUUCACUUGUGGGAGAUAAAGAGUGCCCUUAAAGUUUGUGAAGAUACAAUAUCCUUAAAAAUAACAGUAAUCAUAUUCAUUUGACUAUUUUCACAGUAAAGUACAUUGUCUCUGUUCACUUUGUGUUGUAUAUACUUGUAGAUAAGAGAUACUACUUCUGAAGGCUUAUGAAGCACAUUCACAUGUUUCUUUGUCAAGGCUAGUGUAUCGAUAUAAAAAUGGAAGAAUAAAUAUUUUUGCGUUUUUCAAA